AUGAACAGAACGCGUGCAACGACGAGGCACUGCUGUAGAUCGGCACUCUUCAUCUUCAACGCCUCGAUAUCAAGCCCGUCAAGAACCGUUUUGAUCCAGCCCAUCAGCCACAACGGCAAAACUGUCAAAGUAUUUAAUGAGAAAAAGCUCAACCCCAUCUCCAAGAAUCCAGUUGGCUACAAGGUUAUAGCCCCGCCUGCACAGCUUCUCAUGGCCGAUCAAGCCUCCCUUGUUCGCAAGCGCGCUCGUUUCGCAGAGCAUCAUAUCUGGGUAACCCGCUAUAAGGACGAUGAUCUCUGGGCCUUAGGAAAGUGGACUAACCAGAGUAUGAUUGAGAAGGACGGUGUGGCGGAUUACGCGGCGCGGAAUGAUAAUGUCCGAGGAGAGGAUCUAGUCGUGUGGGCGACUUAUGGACUCACGCAUAAUCCAAGGGUAGAGGAUUACCCGGUUAUGCCUGCGGAUGCUAUUACUGUUGCACUGAAACCGGCUGACUUCUUUGAUCGCAAUCCUGCUCUCGAUGUGCCCCCUAGCACUCAGGCUGUCAACAAGAGUGUGCUGGUCCCCGUCAACGGUGUCAGUAACCGGGAGGAGCACGAGGUUUGUUGUCGAUGA